CCCGGGGACCGGGUGGGGCGGGCAGCGAGACCGGCCCGGGGAUGGGGCGGGCGCUCCCCCCGCGGCGUGUCGGCAGCCCCCGGUACCCUUGCGGGGGUAGAGCGGUUGGGCUCCGCCGCCCUCGGCCCUUGGGGGUGAUGAGGCGAUUGCCCACCGUCUUUUCUCCCCGCGGGCAAGGUCCCGUUCCUCCUUUUCCCGGGAGAGUCGCAGAGCCCCGCCGGCCGGAGAGGCCCUGGCUUUCGGUAGGGCGCAUGGGCCCAUCCGCUCCCCGGGACUCGGGGGCUGUGCUGGCCGGGGCAGCCGGCCGUGCCCUCGCCUCCCUUUGUUGCCGCCUUGCUUUCCUGCAGCGCUCCGGGUGGGACCGAGCUGGCCCCGGACCCGCGGCUGUGCCCGCCCUCACGCCUCCGAAGCGCGCUUCCCGUGCAGGGAUGAGGUUUUCUCUUCCCCUUCGUGGCCGUGGCUGGUUCAGGGGAAGGGGAACUUAGGCCUGAGAAGUCUGUGCCUUCAAUAGCCUGAAUCCCCAACUGCUUCCCAUCUUCUGUGCUUUCUCCCUGCUUCGCUGAAUUAUCCUUUUAGGUGUUGUUGGUUCCCUUCUGUGCCUGCUUUUUCGUUUGAGUAAACCGCGGGCUUCUUGCACGGCUGCGUUGGGUGAUGUGUUGUGCAGCACCCAGAUUCUCUUAUACUAAAGCCUUUGUAGAAAAGCGUAAGUUGCUCCAAGCCAGUGUAGCCAUCUGUUAGGAAUCACACGCAAAGUUUUCUAGAAAGCCUUAGGCAAAGAUACUCAGACUCUCUGAUUUUCUUUUAAAAAAACUUAAGAGACAACAGGUCCUCGUAAUUGGAAUGUUUUUUUAAUUCAAGCAUAAGCCCUGCAAGCUUAUUUUAAAAAAUCAUCAAGACUUCAUCUUUUUUAAAAAGUCUUUUUUGUAAAGGAUUAUUCGAGUGUGAUGCUAGCAACAGUCCUCCAGUCCUGGUGAAUGUAUGGAUCUUUUUGUUUGCUUCAUUGCUUGUUUGGUGGAUUUGUUAAUUUUUCUGUUUUUAUUGGUCCAACACGUGGUCAGACAAUAAGGUAUGAACAAAGGAGACAGAAAAGACAGAGGCAGAAUGAAGAUGCUUCCGUCUUUAACUGUGCCUAAGGUAUUCAGUGUAUGUAUAUUCUAUUUGUUUAUGGAGUUUCCAGCUUUGUUUUACAGUACUUGUUUCUUUUCAACCCGAACAGUUUGUGUUUCUUUGGUACAGUGAUGAGAGCCUUCUUGAUCACAGGUUGCUUUUGGCCUGACAGGCCCAGACUCAAAGCUCUAUGUAGCCAUCUUUUCUGGAAGACCCUUGAAGUCUUUAUGAUGUCAUCAGAGUUGGGGUUUUUUUUUUAGCCAGCACUUCACAUUUCUACCCAAACUGUUAAGGUACGCAUUUUGCAUUGCGGUUCACCCUCAGCUUCUUGUGCACCUCCUCACUGGCUGAGCAUGAGAAACUGAAAAGUCCUGGGCUUAAAAUGAGCACUGCUUAACCAGAACCAACACAUUGGUGUGUUGCCAACAUUAUUGUCACACUAAUCCAAAACACAGUGUUGUCCCAGCUACUAGUACGUGCUUUAACGCUAUCCCAGCUGCUGAGAUUUGGGAUGUUAUUUUUUUAUUCCUGUGGCUAUCUAGAAUGUGUACAAAUCCUAGCUUAUUUACAUUCCUGUCUCUUAGGUACCUUGAGUAUGUAACAGCUCAUUUUUCCUCAUUGAAGACUAAUAUCCUGGAGACCAUCUGGCAAUGGCAAAGAACUGAAUAUCCCAAAUCUCAGCUUUUAUUAGAUAGUAAUGUUUUUUAGUUAAUAUAUCAGAAAGGUACACAGAGCUAUCUCUGGGAGUAAAUAUACUGUUAAGACAAUUCACUAACCCCAUUUAUAAUAAUUAGGAAGGAAUUGUCCUUAACCAGGCAGUGUGCUUUCAAAAAGGAAAGAGUUAAAGAGGCAGGAUGUCCUUACCAACUGGAAGUUAGUAGUCAUGAGUUCUAAAAUAUAUAGGUCUUGCUGAUGUUUCACUGGGAAAUCCAGGGGCUUGUAUCAGAUGUGUUCUAGAGAAUGCCUCUAAUGAAUGACAGUUGUUUGAACUAGUAGUUGUUUUAUGACACUCAACAGGAUUGCUCCAGUUCUUUUAUUUAUGAUUAUGAUAAGUUAGAAGAGCCUUGAAAAUGUCCACCUUUCAUAUUAAUUUACCUUUUUUUUUAAUGGAAAUGGUGUCUUCUUUAGAAUGUGUCUCAGAAAUUUCAGUCCCCUAAACAUUUCAUGUUUUUGAGGUAAUGAUAUAACAAUUUCAGCUCUUUUGGAAGUAAUUUAGGAUUCAAACUGAAAUGUGUGUGUCAAAUUUCAGUCUUAAGGAAGUCCCAACUGGCAAAACUCUGAAGAGCUGAAGGAAAAUAACUGUACUUUUGUAACGGAAAUACAAAAUCAACCUUAGCAGUUCAUGAGAUGGAUAAUUAAUGGUUUUAUAAUUCAUAGGAGAUUAGAGGAACUAUCUGUGACUACUUUAUAUUAAAAGUUUAACAAAAUGGUUUUCCUUUAUCAAAUAAACAGUUCAAAAUACACAUUCCUUAAAUGAUGACUUAGGAGUCAAGUUGUUAAAUGAAAAUAUAUGGUGUAUACCUUGGAGAUUUAUCUUGUUUGCUCUUUUUCUCUUAGGAAGCCUGACAAAUAGAAAAAUACUACAAAGUGAAGAGAAAAUUUACUUCACAAGAACUGAGCUCUGCUUUCAUUUGCUUUUAAAUUUAUUUGUAUUAGUAGCUGAUUAGUGUCAGAUCAUCUCAGUGAUCUGGUGUGGUGAAAUUAUUAGGUUAAGCCUGGAAAAAAUGAAACAGUUAAAAAGAAAAAGAAAAAGCAAUUUUAGUGUUCAGGAAACUCAAACUCUCCUUAAGGAAAUCAGAAAAAGGAGAGAAGUACUCUUUUCGAAGCAACUUAAUACAACAAUUAAUGAGAUGAAACGGAAAGCUUGGGAGGAAAUAGCAGAGUGUGUCAAUGCUGUAGGUGAAGGAGAGCAAAGAACAGGGACAGAAGUGAAAAGGCGAUACCUUGACUGGAGAGCACUCAUGAAGAGAAAACGUCUGAAUGCAAACAUCAAAGUGGUAGGUGCUGGGUUUCACCUUCCUUCAUCCAAUUUAGAUGACUCUCUCAAUGAAGACAUGGAUGAGAAAAUGGGAUUUGCAAUUGAAUCUAGUUUUGAAUGGCAGAAUAUCACUGACUUCAGAGAAGCCGGUGGAUCUUUAACAGAAAUCAAAGUAGAAGAGGAAGAGGAGGAUCCGCAGAAUUUCGAAUUUCCUAUUGAGGAAGAAGAAGAAAUACUGUCAUCAGUUCUGCCAGAUUCGAAAAAGGAAAAUGACCUACCAGACUUCCCCCACAUUGAAGAGUUUGGAAAUUUGAGCUCUGCUCAAGCUAGGCUAGCGUAUGAAGAUUCUCACUUGCUUAUAAAUCUGGAGAAGCAAAAGGUGGAGCUGGAGAAACAGCGACUGGACAUCGAAGCCGAAAGGCUGCAAGUGGAGAAGGAGCGCCUGCAGAUUGAGAAGGAGCGGUUGCGGCACGUUGACUUGGAGCGUGAGAGGCUUCAGAUUGAGAAGGAGCGACUUCAGAUUGAGUGGGAGAAACUCAGGCUAGAGACUCUGCAUGCUGAAAAACCUGCCCUGGAAAAUGACCUCCCCCAAACAGAAAAACCCAUCAUGCAGCCUCUGGAUCUAGAAACUGAAAAGUUAAAACUUGAAAAGGAACGUUUGCAGUUAGAGAAAGAGAGGCUGCAGUUCCUCAAGUUUGAGUCAGAGAAGCUGCAGAUUGAGAAGGAACGCUUGCAAGUGGAGAAGGAGCGCCUUCGAAUUCAGAGAGAGGGUCACUUGCAGUGAACGUCUCAGCUAAGGUGUCAACAUUAGUGUUUUGAUGUUUCUAAAUUAGAAGUAGUUUGUUUCUUAAUACUGAAACUCUCCUAGAGGCUUAACAUUCUUCUGUUCAGAGUUGAAUGUUGAUGUUGAACUGCAAAAAAAAUGGUGCUCAAUAUGUCAGUGUGCCUACAUAAAUGAGCUUAUGUGUGAAAUUGCUUUUCAGUGUAUCAGAACUUAAGUGUUAUGUUCUCUUGUCUUCAGUAUUGUGCUGUGUUAGUUCGGUGUCCUCCUCAUAGAGGCCUUGAGAAGGAUCAAGGCUGAACCUUGUAUUUUCUUUGUCACUGUACUAACAGUAAGGAAGGAUCAAGAUAAAUCAGCAUUUGUUGUGAGGACAUGGUGCUGACGAUAGCCUGUAUGAUAAAGAAGUAUAAUUUAGGCAGAACAUGGGAAUACAGAGUCAUUAUGAGAUUGAGUCAUUACAUUUUAUUUCCCCCAUUUUUUUCCUCUACCCCCACAAUUGGGAAAAAGAGUUGAAGAGUUAUCUAGAAGUUAAAGUACAAGUUAAAUUUGUUGCAGUUGUGUUUACUGUUGUUCCAUGGCUUGAACUGAAUGGGAGUGCAGAAAAUAGGUUUGUUUUUUCUGUUGUUUAUUUUUUUUUUUUUGCAUGACGUAUUCAUAUUAGGUGAAGUUGCACAUCAGCCAUACCUACUAUAAAGCUGGACUUGGUUUCACCAGGUUGUUAAAAAUGCUGUAUGGAGUAGAGCACCUGGGUUAGUGUAGCACAGGGAUUUACUGAUUGAUCAGGCAUGCUGUCUAAUGAGUCUGUGAUGAUCCCCUAAAGGAAAUUGCUAGACUUUCUUUGUUCCUUGAAAGGCAGUAGCUGGUGAUGGGAGUCUCAGGAAUGGAGACAUGGAGACUGAGCACAGCCUAAGAAGAGCUGAGCUUGAACACUUACACACUCAUUGGUGGUUCUGCCUGGCCAGCACCAAGGCCAUGUCUGCAAGGCAGCCAGAAGAUGCUUCUGUGGCUCUCUAUGUAAUAUAUUUUAAUUAGAUGAACAGAAAUGGUCAGUGCUGAAGGCUGUAAGUAUUUUUCAUAAGCAAUGUAUUCAUACAACAAAAAAAACAACCAAGGAAGCUUUCUACUAUUUCAUGUAUGUUUAAAUCCCAACUGAGCCAGACUUCACCUUUCUCAUUGUUCUGCAAGUAACUAUCUUGUUAACUCCAUUGGAAAUUUAGGACUGUGAGAAUACUAAGUCUAAAUGUAGGUCGAGUGACUUAGGUAAAUUCUUGUGCAAGUAAAUAUAUUUAUACCACUACAGGUUUACUUUUAUUCUGCAAAGAUUAUUUUUUUAUUACUGAAACAAGUGUGCUUCUACAGUGGAAAUAAAUUUGACUACUACACUCCAAA